AUGCCGUUCACUGCUAUUAACAAUGACAAGGUUUUAUAUCCAAAGUGUGUGAUAUCCUUAUUAGUUAUGUAGGUUUUGAAAUUUAAAGACAUUUUGGUUGCUGAGUCAAGAAUUGUUUUUGAACUGACUCAUGACUCAUUGACUCAUAACUCAUAACUCAUAGACUCAUUCGACUCAUAACACAGGCAACCUCUAUAGUAUUCACUCAGUGAACUAUAUACAUGGAAGGAACAGCUGGGCAUUUUGUACGGAGCAUGCGCGAAAAAAUCAAUAUGGCGACAUAUAUUAGGAGUGCUUCGUGGAUUUAUCUGGUUUUAAAGCUGAUAAAACAACAUUUUAAUGAACGAAAACUUUGUAAUAUUUAGUGGAAAAUAUUAAGCUAUGCAAUCCAUGCCAAAGGUUUUAAAUUAAAAAUAAGUACUUUUGCUUUAUUUUAUUGCUUUUUAUGCUUUCAAAAUAGGCAAGCUCAUUUUUUUGAAAGAAUCUAAACUAAUAUUUUACCCAUCAUUUGUUUAAUCUGAACAGAAAUAGAUAGAACACUUGGCUACAUAAGUUAUAAAGAGAAUUGGUAGCUGAUCUGAAAGAUUUCAGUAUUCCUGGUACACAUUUUAACAAAGAAUGACUGUAAUUUUAAAAAUUAAAUAUGCAUAUCAAAAACAAUAGUUUUUAUUAGAACAACUCAUAAUAAGAAUUUUUUUCUGUGCUGGUGUUGUGUACUCAGGUAAAUAAUAUGUUUGUGAUGUUACUCUGAGUGCAUAUCCACACCGGGCGAGCUUGAAAAAUAUGCCCGGCCACGGUGGGAUUCGAACCUACGACCUUUGGAAUACUAGCCCAAUGCUCUUCCAACUGAGCUACGCGGUCAGGACGGUUCGAGUAAGUGAUAUUUCGGAACAGUAUCUAGUUCCUUCAAUACAAAUGUGUUCUUGUAAUAUGAAUUUUUCUGUGUUGGUGUUGUGUACUCAGGUGAAUAAUAUGUUUGCGAUGUUACUCUGAGUGCAUAUCCACACCGGGUGAGCUUGAAAAAUAUGCCCGGCCACGGUGGGAUUCGAACCUACGACCUUUGGAAUACUAGCCCAAUGCUCUUCCAACUGAGCUACGCGCUCGCCCGGUGUGGAUAUGCACUAAGCUCGCCCGGUGUGGAUAUGCACUCAGAGUAACAUCGCAAACAUAUUAUUCACCUGAGUACACAACACCAACACAGAAAAAAGUUUUGAAAUUGUCACCAUCUCCUCCCCGUAGUGGUUAUUUAAACCCAACAAAAAUGGUUUCUAACUGCAUUUUCUAACUUAUAUUUUAUGGUAUUUGUCUUGUUUUUAGCCUUCUCCUAAUUCAACGACGAAGUUGGUGCAAUGUCUUUGUAACCACGCAACGUUAUUUGGUUCGAAUUUCUUUGUUGCACCAAAUAAGUUAGAUGUUGCGAAACAGAUCGGUAACUUGGCAAAUCUUGCUGAUUAUCCUGCACUUCUAGCAACUAUCUGUGUCAUUGGUGGACUGUAUCUCAUUGGAAUGAUCUGGGCACUCAGAAAAGAUAGGAAAAAGACUUGCAAGGUUAGUGAUAAUUUCAUACGUAGUCAAUAUAUUUGCAUGUCAAAUAUUUUCAAGUGUAUCACCCAUACAGGCAAUGUUUAAAGGCUGUUUUACACUAUCAAAGUUUCUGUGAUCACAGUAAGAAUUUUGCAUGGGUAAAUUCUAAGUUUUGAAGGAUUUGUAAGAUAUCUCCGAGGAAACUGACACCACCAACAAUCGUGGACAAAACUGUUAAUAAAACUAAUUAAUAUCAUAAUGAAAUUGCAUUAACCAAAUUGUAUUCCACAUUCUGCCCCCCUUUCCCCCAUUCAAUGUUGGAUUCGCCAUCCCCACACUAUAGACCCAUUACUGCAACAUUGUUCCGGGGGGAGAGGGGGCCUAUGUGGCAUGAUGCGCAUGUAUUAACGAAUAUUGAACAAAAAUGUACAUAACUGCGAGUUGUAUUAACAGGUUUUGUCCGCGAUUGAAGUUACUUCCCUCAAAUAUUUCUUACAAAUCCUUCAAAACUUAUAAUGUACUGUAUGAUUACAGACACAUUCACGCAAAAGUUUAAUGUGUCUGGGGUGAUUGACUGAUUUUAAUUAUUAGCUCAGCCUAUCAAAUCAUGCUGUGUUGUGUUGUGUUGCGUUGCGUUGUCCUGUGUUGUGUUGUGUUGUCCUGUGUUGUGUUGUGUUGUGUUGCGCUGCGUUGUGUUAUGCUGUGUUUUUGUUUAUAAUUUAAUUCGAAUCAUUUUCCAGGCUACACUCCACUGUGCUGCUGAUAAUGAACCAUAUGACAAUCACAGAUAUGAAGUGACCCUAUUUACAGGCAGUCGACGAAAUGCCGGUUCAACCGCUGAAGUAUCCAUUAUAAUAACUGGGGAUAAUGGUGACGGCGAACCACGUUUAUUGCAAAGAACAUCUUCUGUCUCCUUCAAGAGAACCUCGCAGGACUCAUAUCUUGUUACUACGGCAUACGAUCUUGGUUCCUUGCAGUAUAUACGUAUCUGGCAUGAUAACACUGGUUCUGACCCUUCGUGGUUCUUGUCUGAGGUAAUUAUCCGUGAUGUUGAGACUGGAGAACAAUACUUCUUUUUAUGCAACAGUUGGCUGGCAUGUGACGAAGGUGAUGGUUUAGUCGAAAGACUUAUAGCAGUUGCUAGCACAGAGGAACUCAAAGAUUUCCAAUAUUUGUUCAUGCAAAAUUCUACAGAAGGAUUCAGUGAUGGACACUUGUGGUUUUCAAUUGUUCUCCGUCCAGCCCAAAGUCGUUUUACGCAUGCGCAACGAGUCACGUGCUGCUUGUGUCUUCUCCUAUGUACUAUGUUAGUGAACGCGAUGUUUUUUAAAGUACCUGUAGCCGCGGAGAAUAAUGUCGACGUUGAUGUUGGUCCAUAUAAGUUUACCUGGCAUGAGGUUAUGGUGGGAAUACAGUCAAGUUUGAUAGUAUUUCCAAUCAAUUUGCUCAUCGUAAGCAUAUUCAGACGUAUUGCUGUCAGACCAACAAAAAGUUCCAAGUACAUGAGUGGCAACAGUUCAGGAAAACCCAAGAAAACAGGCAUUGCCAUUAGUUUGGGCGAGAUUGGCAUGGAAAAGAAGAACACGAAGAAAGCGCAAAAUAAGAAUCAAGCAGGUGAGAGUAACUACAAAACUAGCUAAGGCCACAUAAAAAAAAUUACUUGUUUAGCGUCCCCGCCCGACCUGAUAAAAGUCCCCGACCUCCAAUUUUUUUUUUUUUUUUUUUUUAAAUCUGUCCGGGUUUAGUGGAAAAACUCUAUAAAAAAGACCGUUUUACUUGAAAAAAUGGUGAUUUUAUUCUUCUGGGAGCUAUGUAAUACGUUUACACAAAGUUUCCUUCCCAGAAUAUGCCUGUUCGCAGCUAAAGUGUUCGCGCGUGACCGCCAAACGGUAAUUUUCUGUUUUAUUAAAAACAUGAACGGGAAGUUGAAAACAUGAACGGAUUUUGAAAGAAUUAAAGUGAGUUUUGACUGUGGUAAUAUACUGGAUUUCCUGCAUUUAGCAGAAUUUUGUGUUGCAUUUUACGGAAAAAAAAAAAAAAUCCGUCCGCCCGACCUAGAAAAAUUAAAAUGGGUGGACGCUAAACAAGUAAUUUUUUUUAUGUGGCCUAAAGUGCAUAUGGACAAAAAACAGGGUUUUGUUUUAAAUGAAAGAAUUCUUAAAACUGUAGACUACACUGUUUUUUCCAUGUUUCGUUUUUGAGAUAUUUCAUGUUCUUGGUAUAUUCCUGCCAGCCUCGUACCCAGAGCCUUUUGCGUUCCAGAGCCUCUGAACCGCGCAAAGGCCCUGGGUACGAGGUUAUAUUCCUGCUAUAUUACAUGAGAAAGAAUGUCAUUAGAAGAGAAGGAAAGUACUGUAACAUGUUGAUGAGGAACAAUGUUGAUGAGGAGCAAUGUUUUAAGAAUUGCUUUAUACAUAACCGACAUAUAAAGGGCAAUUUUAUUCGCACUUUUAGUUUAGCACUGGAAUAUGAGAUGAAAGGUCGCAUGUACAUUAAAAACCAGACCUGACCAACACUCUGCAAUAAGGUAUUAACAUUAUUGGGAAAAGAGGUACUAUCAUUGAAGACCUAGCUUUAUCAAAUUGGUUGUAAAAUCCUGAAUGGUAAACCUAAUAUAAAAAUCAACACUUGUGGGCAUAUGCUCGUGGUGUGUCUGACCUCAGUCUGUUCGUUGUCCAUUGUUAUGUAAAUUCCGAAGAUAAUUGCCAUCUUGAAAAUUCAAGAGAUUAAUAUUCAGAUUUGAAUUCUCGACUUUAUUUUGAAGAUGGAUUGAUGAUGACUUUAAUAUAAAUUUGAAAAGGUUUGUAGUGUCAAAAACACACUUUGUUUAUGGUCACGUUGUGUAAACUUGUUUAAAUUGUUUCAGAUCAAACUCCAAAUGUAGAAACCCAACAAGCUGCUGUAAGAAUGCGUCUUCUUCCUUGGUGGUUUGUAUUUAUUGCUUGGUUCUUGGUGAUCGCCACCAGUGCUGCUGCUGGUUUCUUCACCAUACUGUAUGGUCUUCAGUUUGGUAAACGACGACAAGAGCAAUGGUUAACAGCAUUGGUUAUCUCAGUGUUUCAAGAUAUUCUCGUGUCUCAACCAAUCAAAAUCUUCGCCUUGUCUUUGUUUGUUGCGUUUGUUAUCAGAAAACCAAACAAUGUCGACGUCAAUGAAGAGAAUGAUAAAUUAAUACAAGAUGAAAAGUGGAUUGAAGAGAGUAUGCAUAAAGUAAGUGUCUUUUCUUUAGAAAAAGUAGAAGUAGAAAAGGCAUAAUGUGAGAAAGUGUCUUACCUUUAGCAAAAGCAGAAAACGUGAUUAUGAAGCUGUCUUACUUUUAACACAAGUAGAAAUUAGGUUGAGAUUGGAUAUUGAAUAGUGGAAGCAAGAAUACUUCUCUCAAAUGCAGUUAACGGUGCUGUCCCUUACCCGCUACUGCAGGUUGAUCGCAGCGAUUUAUAAUACUUAGGUAAGAUAACUUCCCUGUACUUGAUAAACUCAUGUAAGUAGAAUCUGCUAGCAUUUUAAACGCAUCCUUCUGGUUCAGUAUAGCAAAUGCUGUCUUAGUAAACCACCUUUGGGUUCCUGCUAACCACGUGACAACCUGCUAGUAUUUGUUUAAAGGUGUAGUAAUACGGACAACAAAAUUGCUGCAACUUGCAACAAAAUCUGAUUUCUACGCAUGUUAAUUGAAAAUGUCUACACAUACAUUACAAAUCACGAGGCAACAUGUGUCAACAUUUCUACUUAACAUGCGUUAAAAUCAGAUUUUGUUGCAAGUUACAGCAAUUUUGUUGCUCGUAUUACUCCAGCUUAACAAAUAGAUACGAUUUUGCCGUUGCCUGUUCAGUUCUAGAUACACAGUAUGACGUCAUAAUGUGGGAAGAACAAAAACGUGGGCGGUCACCAGCGCUCGAAAUAGCGGGCUGCAAUGGCCAAAAGCAGGCCAUAUUUUAGAAAUGGCAGGCAAAAACAAAUUUGAACUGCCAAAGUAAAAAAGAUGGCAGGUGAAAUUCUAUAGAUAUAUUUCAUUUCAUUUGCUUACCACAACUCAUAUAUAUAUAUACUGUACUAAAUCAUUUAGGUGACUAAAUACAUUUAUUUAGUUGAAAUGUAAAUCCAAGUUUACUGUAGUAAAAUGCGUAUCAUGAAAACAAUGGUUUUUACAAUAUGACUCAUGAGACAUCGCCAUUUUGGCAGUUCAAUGAAUAAAAAUGGCAGGCUAAAAUUUAUUUCACCUGCCAAAAAAUUUAGACUGGCAGGGCGGCAGGCCAUAUAUUUUCUCUACUUCGAACCCUGGAGGUCACUUUUUUGUUCUUCCCAUAUUAUGAUGUCAUACUGUGUGUCUAUAACAGAACAGACAACGGCAAAAUCUUAUCUAUAUGUUUUAUAUAAUAAAAAGGAAAACCCCGAAUUAAACAGGUAAAUAGCUAUACUUUUUACCAACCACACAUUUGUAAAUUUGAAAAAGUCGAAAACGCUUACAUGAUCUAUACAAAUAAGGGAAUGAUAUUGGCUACGAUAUGAUAUUGACGUAAUAGACUAAUAGUUGAGGUAAACUAAACAUACCAGAUGGUAGCAUCUGCUUAACGAUGCAUAUACUGAACAUUUCACUUAAUUUGUAGGCAAAUCCAGAUGGCAUUGUGAGAACCAGAAGUCAAAGAAAACCACCGGAUGAGUUGGUACUAAGAAAGAUGAGACUGUUGCGUCAAAAGGAGCGAAAAAUGUUUGGUGUUUGUCAUGAAGUUCUGCAAUUCUUCUUCUUCUGGUGGAUUGUUCUAAUGAUUGCAUAUGGUCAUCGUGAACCAGAUGCUCACAUAUUGUCUACAUCUAUGGAAAAAACAUUCGUAGAUCUUGGUGGUGAUAAUGACAACUUUACUUUCCGAAGAGACAGUUACAAACAAGAUAUUUAUAUGGUAUGUUUUAUAAUUUCCAGCCGUUCUCAAUUACUUGGCAGUCUGGUCAAGAAGGUUUGACAAGUAAUAAAGGCAUGAUAACCAUGCGCAUGAUAAUUCAAAGUUAACAAGAAUUUUUAAAAUAAUUCCUGAAACUGCUCAAGUCAACGUUCCUUUCGUUGUCUCGAGUGUCUAUCACUGGUCGAGAUGGUCGGUUCCAGUAUGGCUCCAUCUAGCUGCAUAACGCCAGAUUUUUUAACCCAACAGCAACCAGAGACAAUAUUAUGAACGGAAAGCUAACCUGAGUAUCAGGCUCUAUUUUAAGGAAGGGAAAACAGGGAUUGAUACUCAGGCUAACGGAACGCAGUCUUACCGUCUCGAUUUGACUUCGUUUUGUUCUCUUGUAAAAACAACCUCGUACCCAGGUUCUCAAUCUUCGCUCCUACCUCGCUUGAAUUGAGCCCCUGGUUUCGGCUGUUCACAUGACCCGUCAUGUUUUGGCGGAUUUGCUAAUUUGUUUUUAGCAAUAGGGAAGGGAUAGUAACUGAGAUGUUUUGUUUUGUAAUGUUAUUUAACAAUAUUAAUGUUUACUACAAUAUCUACGUACUAUACUUUCCCUAAAACAAUUGAGCAAAUCCGCCAAAAUAUGACGGGUCGGGUGACCAGCCGGUACCAGGAUCUCAAUUCAAGCGAGGUAGGAGCGAAGAUUGAGAACUGGGUACGAGGUUGAUGUAAAAGGCCCUAACUCGUUCAUUUGAGCUAUUGAGCAAGAAUUAAAUCUGAUAUCAAGCCUACCAUAUCCGAAUAUGAUUAUGGAGUAAUUAUGGAUCAGUAAUUGUGUGAUUUCUUCUCUGUUCCAGGCAAAAAACAAAAGAGAUUUGUUGAUGUGGGUGCGUGAAGUGAUAAUCCCAGGACUUUAUCAUGAGAAAUGGUAUAACAAUAUGACUGAUAAACAUCGCAGUUUCAUAUCAGAUGGAGUAGGAUACCUUAUUGGGAGUGCAAGACUCAGACUAUUACGAAUUAAGGACGGUGAGCAUAUUUUUCUCGUUACAAUUGACCCAGGCUUUCAACCAGGUGUCCAAAUUGGCCGUCCAAAAAGACUAUGGGUGUCCUCGCGUUUUCGUGGGCAUGGUCAAACAAUAAAAAUCAGUACACCCUUCCGAAAAGUACGUUACUUUGUCCGCCUCCUCGUCUUCGUUUAUGUGACACCCAACAUCUCACAAAAAUGAAGCUCUAUAGCCAAGGUGACGUUUUUCCUGCGUAUUGUGAAGCAUAAAUAACAAAAGCACUGACAACUUUGGAGGUAUUGAAGAAAUAUAAAUGCUUGUAAGCUAAUUAAAGAAAAUAUUUGCCUAGGCCUGAUGACAGUCUUACUAACCCUAUAAGUAUCUUGUUAGAAACUUCCAUUCCAAUAUUUGACCACGUUUUCGCGCGGAUUAUUUUUCGCUUAAUUUUAAUUUCGCGCACAUAUGGUCUGCACGAACUUAACUACAAGUAAGGCAUAUCUUUUAUUAAGAAUUUAUUCCUGUACCUUCUAGAUAAAUGUGACAUUGCCGAAGAAUUCGAGGGUAAAUUCGAUGGAUGUGAAACUGAAUACUCCUUUUCUGAUGAAUAUCGAGUAAAAUACAACUCCAUUGACUGGGGACCUUCCAACAGUUCCGCUUCAAACAGCAUGUGGCAGUACAGUACUCAAAGUGAACUAUAUGAAAUACCGCUCCGGGCUGAUCUUGCAACCUACAGAGGUGGUGGUUAUGUCCUCAAGUUAGAUAAGAAUAAAGAUGAAGCGAUUAAACAACUUGAAAUGAUAAACGAAACUUGGUGGAUUGAUGGACAAACACGUGCUGUGUUUAUAGAGUUCUCAUUGUUUUACCCCGGGAAGAAUAUCCAUUGUAUUAUCACAAUCCUGUUUGAAUGUCCCGCAUCAGGGGGGUGCACACCUACUUUCCGAAUCCAAGCCACAAGAUUGGAUGAAUUGAUUGGCAACUACAGAAUAUUCGUCUUGGCAUGUGAACUUGUGUUUGUAAUAUCCAUCGCGAUUUUCACCUACAGAGCAGUUAAGGACCUAGUUAAACAAGGUGCUCAAUAUUGGUAUCAGUUUUGGAAUUGGAUUGAAAUGUCUAUCAUUGGUGUUGGUUGGACCUGCCUGGCUUUCUAUAUCAUCCGUUUCAUUGCGAACAAAUGGACCAAAGCGAAGUUCAAUGACGAUCCAGAUAACUUUGUCAGUUUCCGUUAUGUUGCAACUGCCGACCAGUUGUAUGGAGUGGUGAUUGCCCUCCUGGUGUUUCUCUCUUCCAUCAAGUUUCUUCGUCUGUUCCGUUUCAAUCGACGUAUGUCUUUGCUCGGCUCUACCUUAAAGUAUGCUACAUGGGAUAUGUUCAAUUUCCUUAUCCUCUUUACAGUGGCUUUCGUAGCAUGUGUUUGCGUCGCUUAUCUUCUCUUCCACACCAACAUCGAUAUGUUUUCUAGUUUUUUGAACACCACUGAAACUCUUCUGAAUAUCAUCCUGGGUAAAUUCAAGUACAUGAAUCUAAGUCAUGAUACCUUUCUCGCUAGCGCAAUUGUCUUGUCUGUCUACUGUGUUGUGGUAGUAUUUCUCCUUAUGAACGUGUUCUUGGUCAUCCUCAAUGAUGCAUUCAAAGUGGUGAAAGGCAACAACGACCUUCAGGAAAAUGAGCACGAGAUUGUCGACUACAUGUCAUCACGUAUCAAGUCUUGGCUUGGGUUCCGUUCAUCAGUUUCACCAAUGGUAUCUGAUUUCGAGCAUGAAUAUGGAUUCAAACCAACCUAUGUUCCACCAGUUAAGAAGAAGUACGAAGUACCGGCUACGGCAGUCCUGGAUAGAAAACUUCAAGAGUUGUUGGAUUUUGUCGAGAAACAAGCUCACCGUGACGAUAUGGAGAAUAUGCGUGUUGAUCAGGUUGAAGAUGAAGCAGCCAAGAAGAAAGCUUUGUUACUGUUAAUGAGCUAAAUCAUGUAAUAAAUAUUGCGUAUAAUAGCACCCUUUAUUUAUAGGAUCGUUGGACUAAAAUGGUCGUUAGUUUAAAAUUUAACAAGUAUUUCGUAAAGCUAUAUGAAUUUUGAUCAUAAUUUUAAUUCUUUGGUGUUUCAACCACUAGUUGAAAAAUUGCUAGACUGUGCACAUGUGUUAAUGGUUUUUUAUUGUUUCCUGGAAACAAAGCUUAAUGAUUCUAUCGUCUCUGAUAAUUAUUCCAGUACGAAGUCGAAGAUAAAUAGACUGAAUGUAGACAAACGUUUUGUAGAUUUUUGCACUGAAUGUCAAACCACGUUCACGUUAACUUUGAAAUAAUUUAAACUUAAAUUGUAUAUCAUUGUUGUGGCUUAUUGCCUGAUUGUCAAUCCUUGUAUACCAUUGGUAUAGCCAAUUUGAAAUAAAAUUUAACUCAC